UUCAACACACACACAUUAUUCAUAUUACCAUAAUUACAUUUUGCGUGAUAAUAUUUUUAUAAAAAAGUAAAUAAAUAGGUACUUAAUUAUACCUAUCUAAAUAACUUCCUGUUUUGCUGUUUAAUCUAUGACCGGUUUCCAUAUUCAAAAUUCGAAAGAAUUGUGUGUUCAAUAUUCUGUGAUUUCAUUAGUAUUGUUGUCUCUUUUUAGUAUAUUAUUGUAUGUUAACGAGUGACAAGGACAGUGAACCAAUAUGAAGUGUUUAGUGAAAAUGUGUUUGUGAUAAUUUUGAGUGUGUGAACGAGUGAAUUGAAACGUAAAAGCUAUGAAUAAUAGCUAUUAUUUCAGUUUUACUGUUUGGAUGCAAAAUGAUUAAAGGUUUAAUACUAACAUGCUGUCUAAUUCUGAUACCACAGAGAGGACUAUCAAAAGACAAAGAUGUAAGUGCACCAGCACUUGUUAAAAGUGCACUAAAUGAUGCACUUUCGAUAUAUGCUGUAGAAACAAUCUCCACUGAAGAUAUAAAACAUUCCAAUGAAGACUUAGAAGAUCCUAUUGAAGAGACCAAAGAGCUAAUAUUCUCCAAAGAUGAGAUUCUAAAGCCCAAAUUUUCUCAAACGUCUAGAUUCUUCCAAUUACAAAAAUCUGAUGAAAAGUUAAAAGAUGAAGAACUAUCUAAAGAAUCGGAAGCCAAUAAGACACAGUCUAUAGAAAAUAAUAAUUCUGAAAUACUGACGGCAUUUGAUAACGAACUUCAAAAAGCUGUUAAUUCUGCUAAAAAACAAUUUACCAAUAAAGAAUUAAUAUAUUUAAAUGAAGAAACUCCAUUACCUAGAAGUACAAAGUCUAAAACUCCUAAAGAUGUGGCAAACUCUAAUCCCAGUUCGAAGGUUAGAGAUUCUAAAGAUGGUGUGGGAAAACCUCGACACCAGAAAGAGAAGCAAGAAAACUUUGACACCAAACCCAAGACUCCUCCAAAGCCUGGUAAAAGUCCGAAAACUGAUCAUAACACUUCCCAAAGCCCUGGUAAGGGUCCAGAAAAUGAUCCCAAAAGUAAAAAUCCUCCCGAUUCGUCCAGAACAAUGUACAGAGGACCAAAUCCGUACAGUGCAGGGGACAAUCUAACUCCUGACAAAAUAGUGACGGCACAUUACGACCCGGGCAACAGAAAUCAUUGUCUGACAGGCUACAUGACCAAUGUGCAGAACUGGGUUGAUGAGUAUGGAAACCUUUCCCCUAAUAUAGAAUCGAGGUACUUUGUGGACCUUUCAAGUAGUCGAGACCCGGUUCCCCUGCUGCAGCAGGAGAUAGACCACUUUAAGAAUACCAACGUUACGAACGCAAUACGAUACAUUAGUCUGGCCAAUUGUAAUCUUAAACGAGUACCCACCAUGUUCGCCGUGGAGGACAGUAUCGGCCGCGCGCUCCACUCUACGGUGGAGUACCUUACGUUUUAUGGGAACGAAUUCAGCGACAUUAGCACGGCUGGCGAGCAGUUCGGCGAGUACUUUAACGCUACCAGUGCUCACGAGAUGCUCGACAUGGCUGUCAUGAGGCCCGCCACCUCACCGUGGACCGCUGGUUUCCAACAUGUCAAAUUUUCAAAACUCAAAGAACUCGAUUUACGCAACUGCCGCAUCCAGCAACUGAACGACAACAUAUUCAGGAGCAUGCCAUAUCUAGAAGCUUUAUAUUUGGGUGAAAAUGACAUUGUUUUCAUAAGUGCCAACGCGUUUGCCGGAUUGGAAAGUCUGAUGCAUUUAGAUUUGAGCAGAAACUGCGCUAAAGAGGACAAAGUGAUUGUCUUCGAGCACGAAAGAGUGCUUAGUAAUCUUGGGAAUUUAACAUCCUUGGAUUUAUCAAUGAGCAUUAUUGAACAAAGAGGCGUCAUGCAGUUUAAAAUACUUGGGAAAAACUUAGAAAGGCUCUCACUAUGUCACACAAGAAUAUCGCAACUCCCACCUCAUAUAUUCAACGGUACAGCUAUAAAGUAUCUCGACUUAUCAGGGAAUGAUGGUAUUCUAUCAGGGCCUAAUACUUUAUCCGGCUUGGAAAGCACAUUAGAAGUCUUAUACGCCAAAGGAGUCGGGCUGAAAAAUUUCGACACAUUCUAUAGGUUUCGCAACUUACAAUUAUUGAACAUAGAAAGUAAUGAACUCAAUCAGGUGGGUCGAACAGUAAUAAGAUCUUUGAGAAACCUAAAGAUUUUAAACUUGAGCAAGAACAGACUCACGACGUGGUUCCAACCGAUAUUUGGACAAACGAAACUGCAAUUCUUAUCCGUGACAGAGAAUAACAUUAAUUUGAUAUCGGAACAGAUGCUGAUGGAUAUCCAGAACAUAUCCUUUGUGGGAUUCUCUGGGAACUUCAUAGUAUGCAAUUGCCAUUCCAGAGAGCUUUACGAAUUGGCUUAUCGUAAUCAGAACAAGACUGUGCCUUCAUUUGAGAGCUUAAUACAAGAGCCGCACGGUCGUUUUUCAUUCCAGAGUGGGUUUGAAGACUUCUACAGUAUAGUCUCUGCAAGAAGGUACAUUAGUAAAAGAUGCCAAAAUGAAACUCAAGAUUCUUGCUCUGAGCCUGAGGAUUUAGAAUCUGAUGGAAGCUUCCAGUUUUUCGAUUACGACUCAAAUGGUUACAAAUGCUUGAUGGUGGCUGAAGCCAAAUCAGUUUCUGUAUCAGAGGUGGACACUUGUCUUCAGACGAGGAGUGAGGAUUGGAUAGAGGCGAUAGAAGACGGGUGGAACAAACUGUUGCUGCUGUUGUUGGUACCAGGGGGACUCCUCUUGGUGCUCAUAAUGCUGUACAUCUACAGAAGGAACCUGUGGUACUUCUGUAUCACUAUGAGAAAUACUGCCACGUUGAGUUUGAUUAACAAUGGGACUGUGGUUGAUGAAUGUACGAUCUUCAACUACGACGUCUUCGUCUCCUACUGCAACGAGGACCGCAACUGGGUGUUGGAUCACCUUCUCCCCCACGUGGAGAAGGAUUGCAACAUCAGUGUUUGCCUGCACGAAAGAGACUUUCAGGUGGGUCUUUCGAUUCUGGAGAACAUAGUGUCGUGCAUGGACCGCUCCCGGGCCAUCAUGCUGGUCAUCUCCCAGCGGUUCCUACUCAGCCAGUGGUGCCAGUUUGAGAUGCAUCUGGCUCAGCACAGACUCCUAGAAACUCGCCGAGAAGACCUGAUCCUGGUGCUCCUAGAAGAAAUACCACGCCGGCUGCGACCAACGACUCUUCACUACCUGAUGCUGACCAAGACCUACAUAGUCUGGCCGAGGAAUGAGAGCGAGUACCCUGUCUUCUGGAGGCGCCUGAUGAGGAGUCUCGUCGCCCAGCGAUUGAAGACCCCUGACAACGUCUCUUUGGUUUAAAAGCACUAAAGUUACACUAACUUAGUUGUGAAACGCGAUAUUGACUUAAAACACAGCGAGACGCAUACAGCCAACAUGACACUGUUGGAUCGUCGAUCCCUAGUCACACUACCAACUUGUGGCUAGCGGGGUACUAUUUUCAGUUCUACGAAUAAAUAAUAAGUUCGGUAUCCAGAAAACAUCCUUUGGCGGCAAAUGUUAAAAUUGUUAAAGUUGUUUAAAUUGUUACUAUAAUUAUUUCGAAAACUCCGAUUCCGCUCAAGCCUUUAAAGACCCUGCUGGCGGGGUCAGCGAUUUUCCUUUAGCCCUGUACGCUAUUGGCGAUUAUUCAUUUUCAUUGUAGGUAGGCCAUUUUAGGGCAAUUUUGUGUUGUAUGACUGAUUGUAUUUUUUUUUUAUUUUAAUAAAUGAUUAAGUGUA